AUGUCCGUAGCCGAGUAUGAGGCUAAGUUCACCGAGUUGGCUAGAUUGGCUCCUCAUAUGGUCGACAUAGAUUACAAAAAGGCUCGAAAAUUUGAAGGGGGAUUAGAUCUGGACGUCUUUCAUCGAGUAGGCGUUCUAAAGUUGCCUAUAUAUGUGGAAGUACUUGAUAGAGCAUUGAUGGCAGAGGCCAUUUUGGCAACAAAGAAACAAGCUCCAGCUCUAACAACUAAAUGGAAGGGUAAAAGAUCCGGAUUUAAUUUCAAGAAAGGUCGGUCAUUUCCAAAAGGGCAAAAUACAGGAUCCUCCAGUAGCUCUAGUCAGAAUAGUGGAUCUAUUCCAAACUAUCCCGAUUGCGGAAGAAAGAAUAAAGGCACAUGUUACUGUGCCUCAAGUGCUUGUUUUCGGUGUGGCAAGACUAACCAUAUGGUUAGAGAUUGUCCGCUGAGAUCUAACGAUGUUAAUUAUCCUAUAGCAAGUUUGGCCGAGUCUACUUCUGUAGCGAAAACAAAUGCAAGAGCUAAUACUAGGGGAAACAUAGGAAAUGAGAUACUAAGACAGGGGAGAGUAUUCGCACUAGUACUCGGGGAUGUACAGAACACCAAGUCUGUGGUGUCAGUUCAUCUACCGUAUCUGAUCUCUGCCAUGAAAGCCAAUAAAUUGUUGCGAAAAGGGUGUCGAGGUUACCUAUGUUGUGUUUUGGUUAUGAAUGCUAAUAAUGCUAAUGUUGAGAACAUCCCUGUAGUUAACGAGUUUCCUGAUGUAUUCCUAACUGAUUUGCCCAGAGAUUUAAUUGAUAAGGAAAUUGAGUUUACUAUUGAUGUUGUACCUGGAACAUAA